GUGUGAAUGAAUGUGAAUUCUAUACAGAAAUUGUGAAUAUGUGAGUGAAUCAUUUACAAAGUCGCCGUGUUCCAGGAGGCAAAACAAAGCCGCCACCGCCUCCUCCGCCGUCGAUAACAUUAAUCUAAUCUACACAUCGCGGCGAACAGCGCUGCCGCAGCUAAAUUUUCAACAACCGGCGGAUCGGGUCGUCGUCAAUCAGUAAACACUCGCCCGAAGACGCCGCCGGACGUUCCAGUCCCUAGUAACCAGUAAGCCAGUCGCCAGUCGCUAGUCCAGAGAUCUCACAGUCCGACGAACAAACAGCAAACAGCAGAAAUGGUGGCCCCCUCGAAACUCAGCCAGGUGCUUAGCUACCAGAACUUCGUGCAUGCCGUAUCCGGAGCUGCGGGCGGCUGCAUCGCCAUGAGCACCUUCUAUCCACUGGACACGGUGCGUUCCCGCCUGCAACUGGAGGAAGCCGGCGAGGUGCGCAGUACCAGGCAGGUGAUCAAGGAGAUAGUGCUGGGCGAGGGAUUCCAGUCGCUGUACCGAGGUCUUGGACCUGUGCUGCAGAGCCUAUGCAUUUCGAACUUUGUCUACUUCUACACAUUCCAUGCCUUGAAGGCGGUGGCAUCGGGAGGAUCCCCAUCCCAGCACAGCGCUCUCAAGGAUCUGCUACUAGGCAGCAUUGCCGGCAUCAUCAAUGUGCUCACCACCACACCCUUUUGGGUGGUCAACACGCGACUGCGCAUGCGCAACGUGGCCGGAACCUCGGACGAGGUGAACAAGCACUACAAGAACCUGCUGGAGGGUCUCAAGUACGUGGCCCAAAAGGAGGGCCUCGCCGGUUUGUGGUCGGGCACCAUUCCCUCCCUGAUGCUGGUCUCCAAUCCCGCCCUGCAGUUCAUGAUGUACGAGAUGCUUAAGCGCAACAUCAUGCGCUUCACCGGCGGCGAGAUGGGCAGCCUGAGUUUCUUCUUUAUUGGCGCCAUUGCCAAGGCCUUCGCCACGGUGCUGACCUAUCCGCUGCAGUUGGUCCAGACCAAGCAGCGCCAUCGCAGCAAGGAGUCGGACUCGAAACCCUCCACUUCGGCGGGACCCAAGCCCCGCACCGAGAGCACACUGGAGCUGAUGAUCAGCAUACUGCAGCACCAGGGCAUCCGAGGGCUGUUCCGCGGUCUGGAGGCCAAGAUCCUGCAAACCGUGCUCACAGCCGCCCUGAUGUUCAUGGCCUACGAAAAGAUUGCCGGCACCGUGGUCAUGCUGCUCAAGCGCAACUGAAAAGAGGCUCUAGUCUACAAGUAGUUUUACUCAAUUAAACCUAACGUAAGCUGUAACACAAACAUACACAUUCGGACAUAGGAUAUGGCCAGCACACAGACUCUCCAAAGUUUAGUCGCUAAGCGUCAAUGGAUAAAGAAUAAAAGAUUAAAUAGUUAACAAAAGUAAA